GGAAGAAUGAAAACUCCUUCCUCACCUGAACGUUCGACUGCUUGCUAAAUGCUAAUGCUUUCGAUGAUCUUAUCUUUGCCUUCAGACCCAACACCACCACUGACUUCCGGUCCCGUUGUUCAUCGUCUCUCAUGUUGUUACGAACGGUACAAGUGAGCAACCUCUCCUUGGGGGCAUCCGAGCAGGAUAUACGUGACUUCUUCUCUUUCUCUGGUGAAAUUGAACAUGUCGAAAUGCAACGCGACAACGAAAGAUGUCAAACAGCAUUUGUUACAUUCAAGGAUCCCAAGGGAGCCGAGACCGCAUCUCUGCUCACUGGGGCAACGAUUGUUGAUCAGAUGGUGGCGAUAAUUCUGGCCCCAAACUACAAGCCGCCAACAGCAGGUUCUCAGGAGACGGGAGGAGGAGGAGGAGGAGGAGGAGGAGGAGGAGCCGUCCAGAAGGCAGAAGAUGUGGUGAGCAGCAUGCUGGCGAGGGGAUAUAUCUUGGGCAAAGAUGCGCUCAACAGGGCAAAGGCUUUCGAUGAGAAGCACCAGUUCACUUCAACAGCCUCGGCCAAGAUGGCUUCUCUGGACCAGAAGAUUGGCCUGAGUGAGAAGAUUAGCGCGGGAGCUACCAUGGUGAAUGAAAAAGUGAGGGAAGUGGAUAACAAGUUUCAGGUCUCCGAGAAGACCAGACAUGCAUUUGCUGCUGCCGAGCAGACAGCAAGUAGUGCUGGUUCUGCCAUCAAGAGGAACCGCUACUUAUUGUUGGGGGCUUCCUUGGUGGCCGGCGCCUAUAGCAGAGUUGCCAAGGCUGCAGGGGACGUGGGGCACAAGGCCCAAGAGAAGGUUUCCUCUUCUUCAUCAUCUCAUAACCAGGACCAGGACCAGGACCAACAAAAUUGAUGUGAAUGAUUGACUCCCUUCCUUCUGAAUAAAAAACCGUCCGACUGGGUGAACCGGACAAUCCCCUCCCAUCUCAGAUCAACUCUUGCUUUUAAGCAUACAUACAUACAUAUAUAUAUAUAUAUAUAUGCAUAAAAUAGGAGUUGGUAGAGUAGUAGAUGUUUCUUGAUCGAUAAGAGUUUAGAACCACUCUUAAGGCCAUGAACAGCGUGCCAAGUAUCUGCUUCGGCCUGUUGAAUGCCAGGUCUCCUAACUUCCCUAUAUAUCGGAUCAUCCUGUUCAGUUCAUAUGCUGGUAUUCAUGUCAGAACAAAACAUUUCAUAUAUUGUUAUCAAGGGCAGCGAAUUACCAGUUUCCUUU